CAACUUUGCAUGCCGGUGGGGGGCAGACGGAUAGGGCAGACGGUACGAGCUGGAAGCCAUGUUUGUUGUUCCUCCUUCUGCCACUUCGGAGUUCGGUACGUUCAGGGUCUGAACGUUCAAGAACUCCGUCUGCAUGUCUUUAUUAUCAACAAUAUCGCCACUAAAUAUUCUCUACCACCCUCCGAAUGCAGAUUAACAGGUAUGCCAAAGGAAAAAUAUGAUUCCCCGGAUCCUCGCCGAUUAUACACCAUCAUGUCAGCUGAGGAGGCAGCCAACGGGAAGAAGUCGCACUGGGCCGAGCUGGAGAUAUCAGGUCGGGUCAGAAGUCUGAGCAGUUCUCUGUGGACUCUCACCCACCUGACGGCUCUACACAUCAACGACAACAACCUGAGUCGCAUCCCGCCCGACAUCGCCAAGCUGCCACACCUGGCCUACCUGAACCUGUCGUCCAACAAGCUCCGCAGCUUGCCCGCCGAACUCGGAAACAUGGUGUCUCUCAGGGAGUUGCUUUUAAACAACAAUCUUUUGCGAGUUCUACCUUACGAACUCGGGCGGCUGUUCCAGUUACAAACCCUGGGGCUAAAAGGUAACCCUUUGUCCCAAGACAUCCUCAACCUGUACCAGGAAUCAGACGGAACCAGAAAGCUCUUGAACUACAUGCUUGACAAUCUAGCAGUGCACCCAGAACAGCUCCCCCAGAGACCUUGGAUCACCUUGAAGGAGCGGGACCCAAUGAUCCCUACAGCCAUGUUCACAGUGAUGUGUUACAACGUGCUGUGUGAUAAGUAUGCCACUCGUCAGCUGUACGGCUACUGUCCCUCCUGGGCCCUCAACUGGGAGUACAGGAAGAAGGGCAUCAUGGAGGAGAUCACACACUGUGACGCUGACAUCAUCAGUCUACAGGAGGUGGAGACGGAGCAGUACCACGCCCUCUUCCUGGAGACUCUAAAGGACCAUGGGUACGAGGGGUACUUCUGCCCAAAGUCUCGUGCCAAACUGGUCUCAGAACAGGAGAGGAAGCACGUGGACGGAUGUGCUGUGUUCUUCAAGACUGAGAAAUUUACUCUGGUGCAGAAACACACGGUGGAGUUCAACCAGGUUGCCAUGGCAAACUCUGAGGGUUCAGAGGUCAUGUUGAACAGGGUCAUGACCAAGGACAACAUCGGGGUCGCUGUCCUACUGGAGGUCAACAAGGACAUAUUCUCUGGUGGCAUGAAGCCUCUGCAGGAGACACAGUUCCUUCUGGUGGCUAACGCCCACAUGCACUGGGACCCAGAGUUCUGUGACGUCAAGCUGAUUCAGACCAUGAUGUUCCUGUCGGAGCUGAAGAGCAUCACCGAGAGGGCGCUGAGCUCCGUGGCAACAGGCUCCCCGACCUCCGACCCCUCCUCCAUCCCUAUCGUCCUCUGUGCUGACCUCAACUCCCUGCCAGACUCUGGUGUAGUGGAGUACCUGAGUAACGGUGGUGUAGCAGAGAACCAUAAGGACUUCAGAGAGCUGCGCUACAACGAGGCUCUCAGCAACUUCAGCUGCCAGGGGAAGAACGGCCCAUCUGACGGCAGCAUCACUCACAGCUUCCAGCUGAAGAGCGCCUACCAGGGCAGCCUCAUGUCUUAUACCAACUACACCUAUGACUUCAAGGGCGUGAUCGACUACAUCUUCUUCUCCAAGACUCACAUGUCUGUAGCCGGCUUGCUCGGCCCCCUGGAGUCUCAGUGGUUAACGGACAACAACAUCACCGGCUGUCCCCACCCCCACAUCCCCUCUGACCACUUCUCUCUGCUCGCCCAGCUGGAGCUCCACCCGCCCGUCACCACCUCCCUCAACGGCCUGCACCUGCCCGUCCACAGAAUUCCUUGUUAGAACAUUCCCCCUGAAUCAAGAGAGGAAUAAGAAGGAAAUCCAUGAAUCCUCCAACCAAAACCUGUGGAUUUUGUAAAAAGUUAGCAGACUAUUUGCAACCCUAACGGGGAUACAAUAACACCAUGGCAACACUGUACGGUGUGUGCAGGUUGAAGCUGCGUGGACAUAACGUAACGUUAUAACCGGUCUUGACAACAUUUGGCUCUGCUUUAUUUGCACGUGAUUAUCUAACACGCUAUGCCUCCAAUUUCAAUGACUUCUGUGAAACCAGCCUGCCUGAGAGAGUGAGAACGGACGUGGGGGGGGGGGGGGGGGGGGGGCUUUUCUGGGCCCAUACUUCACUCCCCCCCCCCCCAGAUCUUCAUUUAGUGGGGUACGACUAUUUUUAUGGCAGUUGUAUAUUCAACCAGAUAUUAACGUCUUUGGUGACAGACCGUCUGAUCACCAUAACGGCUUUACAUCCGUUGGGGGGUAAUGUACUGCUUUACAUCCGUUGGGGGUAAUGUACUGCUUUACAUCCGUUGGGGGGUAAUGUACUGCUUUACAUCCGUUGGGGGGUAAUGUACUGCUUUACAUCCGUUGGGGGUAAUGUACUGCUUUACAUCCGUUGGGGGUAAUGUACUGCUUUACAUCCGUUGGGGGGUAAUGUACUGCUUUACAUCCGUUGGGGGGUAAUGUACUGCUUUACAUCCGUUGGGGGGUAAUGUACUGCUUUACAUCCGUUGGGGGUAAUGUACUGCUUUACAUCCGUUGGGGGUAAUGUACUGCUUUACAUCCGUUGGGGGGUAAUGUACUGCUUUACAUCCGUUGGGGGGUAAUGUACUGCUUUACAUCCGUUGGGGGGUAAUGUACGGCUUUACAUCCGUUGGGGGUAAUGUACGGCUUUACAUCCGUUGGGGGGUAAUGUACUGCUUUACAUCCGUUGGGGGUAAUGUACUGCUUUACAUCCGUUGGGGGGUAAUGUACUGCUUUACAUCCGUUGGGGGGUAAUGUACUGCUUUACAUCCGUUGGGGGGUAAUGUACUGCUUUACAUCCGUUGGGGGUAAUGUACUGCUUUACAUCCGUUGGGGGGUAAUGUACUGCUUUACAUCCGUUGGGGGGUAAUGUACUGCUUUACAUCCGUUGGGGGGUAAUGUACUGCUUUACAUCCGUUGGGGGGUAAUGUACUGCUUUACAUCCGUUGGGGGGUAAUGUACUGCUUUACAUCCGUUGGGGGUAAUGUACUGCUUUACAUCCGUUGGGGGGUAAUGUACUGCUUUACAUCCGUUGGGGGGUAAUGUACUGCUUUACAUCCGUUGGGGGGUAAUGUACUGCUUUACAUCCGUUGGGGGGUAAUGUACUGCUUUACAUCCGUUGGGGGGUAAUGUACUGCUUUACAUCCGUUGGGGGGUAAUGUACUGCUUUACAUCCGUUGGGGGUAAUGUACUGCUUUACAUCCGUUGGGGGUAAUGUACUGCUUUACAUCCGUUGGGGGGUAAUGUACUGCUUUACAUCCGUUGGGGGUAAUGUACUGCUUUACAUCCGUUGGGGGGUAAUGUACUGCUUUACAUCCGUUGGGGGUAAUGUACUGCUUUACAUCCGUUGGGGGGUAAUGUACUGCUUUACAUCCGUUGGGGGUAAUGUACUGCUUUACAUCCGUUGGGGGUAAUGUACUGCUUUACAUCCGUUGGGGGUAAUGUACUGCUUUACAUCCGUUGGGGGGUAAUGUACUGCUUUACAUACGUUGGGGGGUAAUGUACUGCUUUACAUCCGUUGGGGGGUAAUGUACUGCUUUACAUCCGUUGGGGGGUAAUGUACUGCUUUACAUCCGUUGGGGGUAAUGUACUGCUUUACAUCCGUUGGGGGUAAUGUACUGCUUUACAUCCGUUGGGGGUAAUGUACUGCUUUACAUCCGUUGGGGGGUAAUGUACUGCUUUACAUCCGUUGGGGGUAAUGUACUAUUUUCCUAGCCUGGUCUCAGAUACACUAUGAAUAUAUACAAAAGUAUGUGGAACCUUUCAAAUCCGUGGAGUCGGCUAUUUCAGCCACACGUAUUGCUGACAGUUAUAUAAAAUCGAGCACACCGCCAUGCAAACUCCAUAGACAAUCAUUGGCAGUAGAAUGGCCUUACUGGAGUUUUCCCCGGUCAACUGAAAGUCCUGUUAUGUGAAGUGGACACGUCUAGGAACAACAACGGCUCAGCCGUGACAUGAUAGGUCACACAAGCUCACAGAACGGGACCCCCGAGUGCUGAGGCACGGACUCUGGAGCAUUGGAAAAGCGUUCUCUAGAGUGAUGAGUCAUGCUAUACCAUCUGGCAGUUCGACGGACAAAUCUGUGUUUGGCUGGUGCCCGGGGGGGCGCUGCCUGCCCCGAUGCGUGGUACCGACUGUAAAGUUUGUUGGAGGAGGAAUAAUGGUAUUAGGCUGUUUUUCAUGGUUCGGGCUAGGACCAUUAGUUCCAGUGAAAUCUACAUUUUAACGCUACAGCACACAAUGACAUUCUAGACGAUUCUGUGCAUCCAACUUUGUGGCAACAGUUUGGGUAAGGGCCCUUUGCUGUUUUCAGCAGGACAAUGCCCCCGCGCACAAAUCUAGAUCCAUACAGAAAUGUUUUGUUGUGAUCGGUGUGGGAGAACUUGACUUUGCCUUCACAGAGCCCAGACCUCAACCGCGUUGAACAGCUUUGGGAUGAAUUGGAACGCCGACUGCUAGCCAGGCCUAAUCAGCCCAACAGCAGUGCCCAACCUCACUGAUGCUCUUGUGGCUGAAUAGAAGCAAGUCCCAGCAGCAAUGUCCCUACAUCUAGUGGUAAGCCUUCCCAGACAAGUGGAGGCUGUUAUAGCAGCAAUGUUCCAACAUCUAGUGGAAAGCCUUCCCAGACAAGUGGAGGCUGUUAUAGCAGCAAUGUCCCUACAUCUAGUGGAAAGCCUUCCCAGACAAGUGGAGGC